AGGGAGGAAGUGAGAGAGGAGAGGGGGAGGGAGGGGGUGAAAGUGAAGCAGCAUCACCGCCUUUUUUCCAUCCAGCAUCUUCACCCGCCGGCAGCCAAGUCGAGUGGGAGCUCAGUCACAACUCGUCCUCCCUGCGUCUAGAGUUCCCCUUCUUCCUCCACCUACCUCCUCUUCCUUCUCCUCCUCCUCCUCCUCUUCGCAAUGUCCGUGUCCAGUGACUUCGGGAACCCGUUGAGAAAAUUCAAGCUGGUCUUCCUGGGGGAGCAGAGCGUUGGAAAGACGUCUCUGAUCACGCGGUUCAUGUAUGACAGCUUUGACAACACAUAUCAGGCCACAAUUGGAAUUGACUUCCUAUCGAAAACCAUGUACUUGGAAGAUCGAACGCUUUCUCUCUCUGAACCCCAGGUGAGGUUGCAGCUCUGGGACACAGCAGGACAAGAGCGCUUCAGGAGCCUCAUUCCCAGUUAUAUACGGGACUCCACUGUGGCUGUGGUGGUCUACGACAUCACAAAUGUUAACUCAUUCCAGCAGACGUCAAAAUGGAUCGACGAUGUCAGGACAGAGAGAGGAAGUGAUGUCAUCAUUAUGCUGGUCGGCAACAAAACAGAUCUGGCAGAUAAGAGGCAAAUCACAAUUGAGGAAGGUGAACAGAGGGCUAAAGAGCUGAGCGUCAUGUUCAUAGAGACGAGCGCCAAGACGGGUUACAACGUCAAACAGCUGUUUCGUCGCGUGGCAGCUGCUCUUCCUGGGAUGGAAAGUAUGCAGGAGACGAGCAAAGAAGGCAUGAUCGAAAUCAAACUGGACAAAUCGCAGGAGCCGCAGACGACUGAAGGAGGCUGCUCCUGUUAAUCCUCCGAAUCUCCCCUGGAAAAAGACAACAUCAUCUACACCACAUGCUUUGUUAUGUUGCUUCCUAUUGGUUAACCUGCAGUUGACUUUGCACGUUGAGAAUCUGGCGUCCUCACCCGACAAUUUGUCCUGAGUUUGAACUAGCAAUAUGUGAAUUAGAUUCUAAAGUAGCGUCACCUACUUUGUUGAUGAAACUGCCAAAACAGUCUUUCAACUUGCAAAACAAAAAUAGUGAAAAAAAGAGACUUGUGGAAAAGAAGAAGUUGCAUUUUGUGUGUAUACAAUUUUUUUUAAGUAGAAAUGCAAGUUUCCCCACUUUCUUUUUUUCUAUUUUUGUAUAUUCAGGGAAAUCUCUCUGGAAAAGUUCUUUUUUUUUAAAGAUACAAACAAACACAGCUCUGAAUUAAGGAGCCGGAAAGAUCAGGUGGUUGUAGAUGUAUUCUUCUGGAUGUCACUGUUGUUAUAGGCAAAGAUGGAGGUCCUCUUCACAAACACCAAACCGUUACCCUUAACCCUCUUGACUGAAUGCCGACACUUGACCAUGUGAAGGCACUUUACCUAAACGUAACCAUUUUGAAUCUUGCGGCUCAGGCCAGCCUUGCAGUUUGGUGGACCAAUCACAGCACCCGUAACCUCAGUGUGAUCCAUAGGUAACGAUGCGUUACUUGGCCAAAACGAACACUGACAUCUUGAGUAUCUAAUGCAUGCCUAGUUUUUGAGCAUAGGUACUGUCUACCAAUGUAAACAGGUUUGAAUAUGUAACAUUACACCAGUGACUUAAUGCACUCUGAUAGUCCAAGUCUUUUUGUUUGGAUUUGUAUACUUGACUUCUGAAAAUAUUUUUUGUCGUGUGUGUGUGUGUGUGUGUAAACGUGCAUUCUGUAUAGGCAACGUUAGAAUGCAGAUAUAUAUAGAGGGCCACUGCCAAGUCGUCACAUUGCGGCACCGUGUACAUAGGUCACCGUUUGUUUGCAGGACGUCAUAGACUCCCCCACUCACAGCAGUCGUGUGAUAUCUUGGUGGUAGUGAUGAUGAUCGUGUGCACGUGUCGCUGAGCGGCGGAGAAUCCGAGGCGCCGCCUUGUGUCACAGAGGAACAGAAAGUCCUCUGCGUGCUGAUCUGUAGACUUAAAUCAGGUUCUGGGAUCAGACCUUUAACAUUGUAAACCAGUUAUAUUCCUGUCAAAAAAAAGACUAAUUUGCACAUGUAGAUCAUUCAGGUUCAUUUGAAGUUUGUAAAUGUACAGUCACUUAAUUUAAAAGACCUGACUGAUUGUCAUAGAAACUGUCACUUGAUGUCCCCCACUGAGAUGACGAUUUCUUUGCUGCUUGAGUUGUAACUGACUACUGAUCCCUUGUUGGCAUUAUGCAAUGUUGUUGUCUUCUUUUUUGAUUAUUACCAGAGCCUGGUAUCGUAACGUACUGGUGGUGAAGUCGGCCGGCGUUGAGAACACUACUUUGACUCGUCUUUGAAGUGAGAUCUUACUGCACUUUUUCACAACAUGUUUUAGAAUUAGAGUGAAAAAAAAAGUCUUUAUCUCCAGAACAUUUGAGGUGCUGUGUGUUAGAGUAGAGUAAAUCAGUUGUGAAUUGUUCACACAUGUUCAUAAAAGGGGAGCACUGUUUUUUCUCUAACCCUCAUAAUGAGCCAAAUAUUAAUGAUAAUAAUAAAAAGAGGCUGGGAUUUCACAGCAGACCAUGACUGGAACACACUGCUGGGUGAUGUUGGGAAGGAUCAAAGGUUGCAUUUCAAUCAGGAGAGACUUCAUUUGAAGAAUGAACAAAAUGUAUUGCCGUGCACAUUAAGAAAUGAAAGUGAUGUGAUAUAAAUUACUCUAUUUGGCCCCUCGUGAUGUCAUCAAGGUUGAAAGGGGGCGUGGUUGCAUACUAUAGGGAGCCCACCCCCCAGGUUCUAGACACUGGUGGCGGUUAAUGAGAUGAGUGGUGAUGACGAUAUGGAGACUAGAGGUGAUUCCGAAUCACUAGAAUGACAGAGGGAACAGAUUAAAAGUUUGACAGCAACAAACUGAUCGAGGUCAUGGCUAUAUCUGAUUGGAUUACCGUAAACACCAGUCAGCCCAUGAGAAGAGGCCGGGAGAGUGAAAGAGAACUGUGAAUGAAUGAGACACAGAGAAAGUCUUCUUCACUGAGCUUCAUUUCCAGUUUCAAUCUCUCAACAUGAAAAAAGUCUAAUAAUGUGUGAACCCUUUGUGUUGCUGCCUAUUUAUUUUAUUGCACCAGGAAUGUACGGCUCUGAUGAGUGACCACACAGCCUUGUGAGGGGAGCACUCUCUCAGAAACCACUCCAUGGGUAUUUAUUUUCAAUGUGGACAAAUUGAUUGAUCCGUAGCUGUAGACGUUUGUAUGUAUGCUUCAACACGAGAGUACAGCUUGUUUCCUGAAGGCCCAUUUUAACAUUCCCUUUCAAAAUGGACCAAGUGAUGCAACACGAGUCUCUGCGUGUUGUGUGG